AUGAUUAUAUAUCCAAAUAAUAGUGUCAUUCUGUUGGUUUUAAUUCCCUUUUUUUUUUUUUUUUGUAAAUUAAAAAUAGCAAAAAGCUCACUACAUUAUUAUUACAAAAAAGUACACACAGUUGCUGAGAAUGGAAAGAAUAGAAAUAAUAAUGUGUAUGGUAUUAUUCAACGCAAAAAGAAUUUAACACAUAAAUUAUUCUUUUUGAAAAAAGAGAAAAACGUCAAUCAUUUUUUUAAUUAUAAUAAAGACUUUGGAAAUAAAUUAAUUAGUAUACUUUCCAUAAAUCAUAAUGUAAUUCUCUUAGAUGAAAAGGAUUCUAGCGUAUUAACGAACGUAAAUAUUAAUAAUGACUGUUUAAAUGAGUUAAUAGUCCCUUUUAAAGGGGCACACAGAUUUACAAAAUGCUACCUUUUUCAUUUGAAGAGUGGCAAUUUGUUAUAUGAGGGCCUCGUGAACUCCGAAAAGAAGGAGGAUGGGGAAGGUGGAACAAUGAGAAAUGGAAGUAAUACAAAUGGAAUUAAUACCAAUGGAAGUAAUACCAAUGGAAGUAAUACCAAUGGAAGUAAUACCAAUGGAAGUAAUACCAAUGGAAGUAAUACCAAUGGAAGUAAUACAAAUGGAAUUAAUACCAAUGGAAGUAAUACAAAUGGAAGUAAUACAAAUGGAAGUAAUACAAAUGGAAGUAAUACAAAUGGAAGUAAUACAAAUGGAAGUAAUACAAAUGGAAGUAAUACAAAUGGAAGUAAUACAAAUGGAAGUAAUACAAAUGGAAGUAAUACAAAUGGAAGUAAUACAAAUGGAAGUAAUACAAAUGGAAGUAAUACAAAUGGAAGUAAUACAAAUGGAAGUAAUACAAAUGGAAGUAAUACAAAUGGAAUUAAUACCAAUGGAAGUAAUACCAAUGGAAGUAAUACCAAUGGAAAUAGUUCCCAUCAUAACAGUAGUGAAAGAUGCUGUCCGCACUUGAGGCCCCCCCAUAUUGAAAGGUACAUUAAUCGGCAGCUUGUAAAACUAGCGAAUGAACUUAUAAGCAUGAAAAAAAUCUUUGAAAAAAGAGAAAAGCAAACACAGGGAGGUGAUAGUAGUGAUUAUAGUUAUACUAACCAAAGUAGCGAUAUUAACAACGUUAGUUGUGGUACCUGUGAUGGCAUGUGGUGGGACUUUUAUAUCAACAAAAAGGAGAAGCCACUGAAGUGCUUUGUUUAUCUGGACCUCCCUGAAGGUACAGUAAUGCUUAAGCCCAGAAAAAUAAAAGAUAAGAAUUUUUUAAUUUCUAUUAAUGCAUUAAAUGAUAUUAGAAGAAAUAAUAAGGAUAUAUUAAAAAAUAUAUAUUUUAAAAAGUUUAAUAUAACAUUUGAUUAUAUAUAUAAAAAUUGCAAUUUUAUAACUCUGUUAAUUAAUAAAUUUAUAGAUCAGCCAUAUUUUAUGAAUGCAUUUACAUUAUUUUCAUUAUUAUCAUCUCUUUAUAUUAUUAGUGAUUCAUUUUAUCAAAGUUUUCUAAUGUUGUUAAGUAGCGAAAUAAUAUGGAAUCCUAUUAUAUAUAACGCUUGGUGUAGUAUAUACCAUACUACGUUACCACUAAAAUUAUUUAUGAUUAAGCAAACUUUUUCAUAUUCUAAGGUAGCUUUUGAUUACCUAGUUGAACAAAUAAGAUCGAAGUUACUUCGUUUAGAAACGUCCUUAAUUAACUCUUCUUUGAAAAGAAAAAUUCUUGUAGAUACUAGGAAGGAAAACACCUAUGAUAGGAAAACGUUUGUUAUAGCAACAGAAGACUAUAGCGAGAGUGAUAACGAAGGAGAUUUUACUUACAUUUAA